CUCGACGACCUGCGCCCGCCAACCUACUUGAUAGUCAUUAAGAAUGAGAUUCCGCACCGGUAUCCGCAACAUUUCUACCUUUACAAAGCUCGCACACUCCCUCGAACGUCUAAAACGUCGAGAAUGUAUCCUCCGUCUCACUCCAGAUGCUGUUCACUUUAUUAUUGUGCCCGACACCACCGGUACCCAAGUAUGGGCUGCAAUCGGAGUCGAGACAUUAUUCGACGACGACUAUCACAUCCAAUCCAACGCAAACAACACCAUCAACCUCGAAUUCAACAUCGAAAACCUCACCCGAUCCCUGCGCUCCGCCUCCUCCGCAACCGAAGUCCAAAUGCGCCUCACGAAACGCGAUAAACACCCCAUGCUAUCAUUCAUCAUCACCCUCCCCGGCCACGGUGGUGGGACGAAUGUUGUUACGCAGGAUAUUCAUGUUAGGGUGUUGACGUUGUCAUAUGUCGCGAGUAUUAGGGAACCGAUAUGUCCCGAGCCGGACGUCCAUAUUAUACUGCCGCCACUAGGGGUGAUGAGGCAGCACUCCGAGCGUUUCCAACGGCUCUCAGAUAAAAUCAUCCUCCGGGCAAAUAUGUCCGGCUCCCUCCACCUUCUCGCACAUUCCGACUCCAUCCGCAUUCAGACCGCCUGGACAAAUCUCAUCAAUCCCGAACUCGACCCCGCACAAGUUCCGAAUCCGGCAGAACACCCCUCGCAGUUGAGGCCAAAGGACAAGUUUGCGAGUGUGAGGAUUGAUGCGAAGGAAUGGGUUAGUUUGUUGAGGGUGAGUGUCGUUGCGAAGAGGGUUAUUGCAUGUUUUUGUGAGGGGCAUGCGUUGGUGUUGUAUGUGUAUGUUACGGAGCCGGAGGAGGAGGCGAGCGCAGUGUUGACGUAUUAUAUUCCGAUUCACUCGGAGUAACCACCACUAAGGUUUCGAGAUACACGAGGUUCAAGGCAGAGGGGGAAGGACAUACCAAUGAUACCACGUACGAUUACAAGAUGCAGAAAUUAGCUAUGGCUAGGAUAUCCAAACAAAUAUUCCAAGAUAAACCCAAGAU